UAUUCCUUCUGACAGUUCACUGUACUGUCAGAAAUAGAAAAUAAUUUAGCACAAUAAACAUAUAAAUAAAUUUUUACGUUUCCCAUGUUAUUUUAAAAUAGUAAUUCACUCAACUAUAAUUAUCUAAAAAUGAUUAAAUUAUUUUCAUUAAAGCAACAAAAGAAAGAUGGAGAACCAUCACCAAGGCCAGGGAAUCAAAAGAAAGCUUCAGCUGCACAAUUAAGAAUAACAAAAGAUAUUAAUGAGUUAAAUCUUCCCAAGACUUGUACAACAGAAUUUCCGGAUCCUGAUGACCUAUUAACGUUUAAGUUGGUGAUAUGUCCUGAUGAGGGUUUCUACAGAACAGGUAGAUUCAUAUUCAGCUUCAAGGUAGGUCCAAAUUAUCCACAUGAACCACCAAAAGUAAAGUGCGAAACUCAAUUAUAUCACCCUAACAUUGAUCAACAAGGCAAUGUUUGCCUCAAUAUUCUAAGAGAAGACUGGAAACCAGUCCUGACUAUUAACAGCAUUGUUUAUGGUCUUCAGUACCUAUUCUUAGAGCCAAACCCAGAAGAUCCCCUUAAUAAGGAAGCUGCAGAAGUUCUAACCAAUAAUCGCAGAUUAUUCGAACAGAAUGUACAGAAAGCAAUUAGAGGUGGAUAUGUGGGUGGAGUUUAUUUUGAUCGUUGUUCAAAGUGAUUGAAAUUUGUGUACAUACAAAACUAAUAAGAUCUACAUCAGGUAGUCCCUGAGGAUUGUGUAUGUAAAUGAAGUUAUUUGAAAUUGGCAAAUUUAAUAACAAAAUAGAUACGUAGUCAAUUCUUUAUAACCUCAUUUCAAUAUCUUUCCCUCAUGUGGACUUUUAUGAGAACAAUUUUUACUCUAUUUAAAUCAAUUAAUUACAAAGAGUUGAUUAAUCAAAAAUAUAUGUUUUCAUUUAUCAA